AUGGACCAGCAGACCGCCAGCAUCGAGCACGCCGCCGCACCCGCACCGCCUCGUGCUCUCGACGCCUCGCGCCCUCCCCUCCUCCCGCGCCUCAUCGACGACGUCCUCCUCGCCAUCCUCGACGAGCUCGGGCAGCCCGACUACACCGCCGACGGCUACAAGCUCCGCCAGAAGACGUUGCGCAGCGUGUGCCUCGUCUCGCGCCGCCUGUACACGCUCGCCCGCCCUGUCCUGUGGCGCCAGGUCGUCGUCAACGAGGACGAGCAGGUCAAGCAGCUGCGCCAGUCGGGCGCUGUACUCGGUGCGCACACCAAGGUGUACCAGGUCGGCCGCCGCUACAGCGUGUGCGACCGGGAGGCGGGCGUCAGCGUCGGCGCGGCGAGGUUGCCCAACGUCGAGGACUUGACGGUUGCGGGCGAGCACGAACAAGACCUCCCCCUCUGGUGGCUGCGAGGCUACGACAACCUGCGCCGCCUCGAGCUCGUCGACCUCGACGCGAUCAGCAUCUCGGGAGGGAUGCCGACGCUUCCACGCCUCGAGGAGCUCAUCAUCUCGCGAUGCGCUGUCUCUCCGGACUACGCCUACCAGUGGCUUACGUCGGCGUGGCUGCCCCGCCUCAAGAUUCUCGCCGUUCGAGCGCCGAGGUUUGAGCUCGCGUCAGCCCUCUCGCCGAGCUUGACCGAGCAGCUCGAGGUCGUUCUCGUCGACUCCGUCUUCCUCGACGACCGCUGGCGGUUCAGCCGGCGGUUCAGCUCGAAGCCCGCAGUGAUCGUGUCCAAUCCGUCGCCGCUCAAGGCCCUGCCGCGCGUCGGCAUGUGUGGCUCCGAGCCGUUCUUCGGCAGCACGGACGCCACGGUACAUCAACGCGUACUCGACACCAUCAAGGCCGGCGUCGUCGAGGAGCCACACGCCGAUCCAGACGCCGCCACAGUCCUUUUGCUCCCGCUCCAGGUUAUCGACGCUGCGGUCGAAGCGUCGGUGCGUCCUCUCGGGCUCGUCAAGAACGUCGAGGCGUGGCAAGAGCUCGAGGAGCUGUGCCGGCAGCGAGGCCGGCGCGUCCUCUGGUACGACGAGCAGGAGUUCGAGCGGUCGCACGAGAUCGUCCCGCGCGAGUUCAAGCGGUACUUGCGCGAGCUCAAGGCGACGAGCACCGUCGAGGCGUCGCCGUCGUCGUCGUCGAGGUGAGCAGGAGCGCGAGUCGGACGAGCAGGGGCGGCGGGCGGGUCUCGAGGCGGGCGGAUUGCGAGGAGCGGCUCGAGCGGCGGUGGAAUC